GUUUCCGUAUCGGCAUGAGUAUCCGGAGGACAACAAGGUGUGGACCCGAAAGCGAUUCGAAGAGCUACUGGGAUAACCGGAGAAGUUUGCCGUGCUUAUCGUGACGGCGGCCGUAGAGUCAGAAGACGAAAAGAAGUCGUGUCAUAAGCCCAUCGCACUCGCUGUUUGGGAUCUCGCCGUUAUGACGAAGGAAGAGAGCGAUGGUAUACUCCAGUCUCGACCUCGACCCUCGCCGCGACAUGGACAAGACGCGCGCGAAAGCACACAAGAGGACGGUACGCAGAUGAUUCAAGAAGUACUUCGCGAGGCGUGGAACGCGCCAACUCCGUCCUUCCCUCUUAGUAACGCACCCGGAUUUUCGCGGGCGUGGCGCCGGGACCAUGCUUUGCAACUGGGGAAUGGGGAAUGAAGAAGGCGGAUGAUAUGGGCUACAGAGCGUAUGCUUUCGCUAGCCCGAUGGGGAAGAGGCUGUACGAGCGUUUGGGGUUUCAGAUGCUGGGCUCUGUGACUGCUCAGGUGGAGGGGGAAGAUGAGAAGCUUGAAUUGUUUUGCUUGGACUAUGAGAAAGAAAUCGGGGAGGAAGAGGAGACAUAGGAUAAGGCUCCGGGGCUCGGCUGGAUUGAGGUGUCCUCAAUGAGAUUUGACGCUUCUGAUCUUGCCUUCCUGGAGACGUAGGUUCUGUUUU